GACUUUGUUGAAUAGAAAAGAAACCGUUUGGUUUGUGCAAGUUGCGACUUGUUUUGGGUUUGGUGGAUUCCAAACUUGCUGAGCUUUGUAUCGAUUGAAUAGUCCCUUCAAUUGUGGUCGAGCAACUACCCUUUUAUACCAAUCGAGCUAUCCCCAGGUGUGGAUUUGUCCUUUUGGUUCCGUUUUAUCCAAGUUCGUAUUAAGAACGCUUCGUUCUUGAUUCGUGCUCAAUCGAUUCUUCGAUUGAGUCGUUUGCUGCGUUACUUUGAUAACAUACACCCCCCCCAGGGGCGUAUCAAGUGGCAUCAAAGCCUUAGGUUCAAGUCAGUGGCUAAGGAGAUUUGGAGGCUGAUUUUCUUACGAAAGUUAAGCCGCAAAAACAGAGAUGAUUUCGGCAGUAGAGCUAUCACAAACAAUGAUCUUCACGCGCUGUUCGAUUCAAGAUAAAGUGUGUUUGAUUCUCGUCGAUGGAGGCCAAGAAAGGAAUUUGAUUUCCUCCACGGUCGUGAGCAAGUUAGGGCUGCAAUCACGUUUACAUCCAGCUCCCUACACCGUUCAAUUACCGUACGAGAAAUACCCAAGUUUUGUGAUUUCGCAGGUGGAUGUAAAAUUCUCGAUUGGCCAGUACGAAGACCAAAUUAUUUGCGACGUGGUUUACAAUCUUCCCAGCCACAUCGUGUUGGGGCAGCCUUGGUUUCGUAAUCGACAAAUCGAGUUCGUUAGUAAACGAAGCAGAAAAUUCAGGCUUCGAAAACGAAACAAAACGUUAGUUUUGAUUCCCUUAUCUCAAGAACAAGCUACCAACGAUCUCAAAGAGGUAAGAAGACUCCAGGAAGAGCAUCAUAUGGCCUUGUUGACGACCCCGUUGCAGUUGAGGAGCAAUCCAGCAAGAACUCACGACCCCUGUUUUUCGGCGACGAAACAGAGCGCCGACACCGGCCUUACUGCUGACGAUGAGGAAGAAGAAUCGACGCACGAAGAGGCCCCAGACACCUCCCUAGAGGUUGAAGGAAUAACGGAGAGUCGCGAAGAAGCCCCAACUUCGACCGAAGAUGCUCGACUCGUCCCUGUGACAAGAGCGGAGACCCCUGCAGCUCCGCCAAAACAGAGUGCUCCAUGGGCUCUCGUGGUGGAACCAAACAGAGAAGAUUCGAACCCAGAGAAUACUUCGGGAACGCUCCAAAUGUAUCCUAGAAUCUCAAUUGAAGGCUUCAAUGGAACGACACAAACCGGAUUGAAGAAUCUAACAGCGGAGCUUCCCCUUCUUCGGGCGAAACAGGGCAUGAGAGAGAAUGAAUCGGUUGGAAUAACCAGGGAGGAGUCGAACUUCGCCGCCGGUGUAGAAAUAGUCACUACCACCCCAGAAACAUCUGAAGUUGGUUCGUUGGACAUGAUUGUAGCGGAUUUUGAAGAAUCAAUUCGUCCAGCAAGGCCUCUGUUUGCGAAGAGCCCAGCCGACGACGAGCCUCUCUUACGUAGAGCAAUUGAGCUCGAUUUGAGCCAAAUAAGGGAUGCAAAAUCAUUCAUGGGGAUCCAUGGAAUGAGUAGGAUGCAUCAAUUCGCCUCAAACAUGCUUGGAUUGAAAAACCCCAAAUUCGAAUUCGAUAAUCUGAGUUUGAAAUUGGCCGACGGCGGGAAUGGAAGAAGAGCGGAUUCGAAGGCGAAGAUGAUGAUUCGAGACUGGAAAAUUGACCCAAGCUUCAAUUGGAAGCCUGGAGAAGAGCUUGGAGUGGAUGAAUUGUGCUGGGGAUCCUCGAAACGAAAAGCCCCAAUUCAGUCGAAUGAGCUUAACAACGGAGAUGGAGUCCGGCGACCUGAAAAUAGUUUCGGCCACUUUCCAGUGCAAUUGUUCAUCGAGGGAGAUUUGUUUCGAUCCCAGAAGGAGUGCCCAACAGUUCUGCAAGCUUCAAAGGUCUUAAAAGAUCUCGAAGCUACGUUUGAAGCUGUAAUUUUUGAGUCGAAAAAGAUGAUCGAGCAGCCUACUUUCGAUCCAAUUUGGGAUCAAUUCUGUGAACGGUUUGAGCAAAGAAAGGCCAAAGUGUUGAGGGCAACACUUUUUCAACAGGGAGGGCCUGAUAUGAUCCCAAAUUACCAACCAUUGACUUCACAAUUACUUGACAAAGAAGCUAUCGAAGUUGGGAAGAAGAAAGGCAGAAUUUGGCUGUGUCAAAAUCCGUGUUCAGGGUACAUACUUUGGAGGCAUGGUUCUCUCAAUUGGCUUGGUGGAAAUUCAAUUUUAAGGGUUUCUUUUGCAGAUAAAGUUACCAUCUUUCCAAUGGUAUGCUUUAUGGAUCCAGAAGAUGUCAUUAAGGUUAUUUUCCCAGUCCUCAAAGUUGCUACCUUAAAACUGGAAAACUGCCAGAAAAUGGCUAAGGCAGAAAACUGUUUUGUGAAGCCUACUUUGGAGCUCAAUUCAAGGAUCAUGGAUGGGAUUCAAGUCAAAAGGCUUCCACAACAUGAAACUAGGUAUUUUUAUGUACAAAGGGAAGGAAUUGGAUGAAGGAUUGGAGUUCGGGAAGGCUUUGAACAAAUGGCGCGAAGUUAGUACGAAAGCUGUCUUUUGGACUGUUGCUGGCAGCUUACUUGCGCUUCAAGGAAGGGAGUUUAAACCCGAGUUUUGUACUGUUUUUAGAGUUUGUUUUUACCAUAAUUGUUUCCUAGUUACAUUAGGCCUGUAUUAGGUUUUCUUGGCUAUAAAUAGCCUUCUAUUUU